AUGAAAUGUCCACUGACUCUAGAACACCAGGAUGGAGAAAAACCAUGGAGCUAUUACAGACCAGGAGACCAUCUCAUUGCUGUUAUCACCAGUGGAACAAAAAUAUCUCCUAUAAUGCUCCCUUUCAAUGCAGCUCCUUCUAGUCAGUCUAACUCACACAGAGAAGGGAGAGAGUUCCAUGAGGACUUUGAGUCCUAUGCUGAAGACAUCAUUUCUGUCAAAGGCCGGAGAAGAUGCACUCAGAAAUCUCCACUGAAGACCAAAGUGGAAAGAAAUUGGCUCUUGUACCUAGGUAACUACCAUGUUUACGCUUUGAUUAAUACUCUGGCCCAUGCCUUGAAUGCUGCGUAUUCCUCCAUAUCCAAGAGGAGAAGAAAAGAGGGAGAAGAGAAGCUGGGAACUCAAAGGCUGCAGCCAUGGCAGUUCCAUCCAUUUCUGAAGAAGAAUGAGUUUUGCAAUCUUUCCCACAUGAAACUGUACUUGGACCAAAAUGGGGAUGUGACAGCAGAUCUGAACAUCGUAAGCUUUAUAGUUCAGUCCAGGGAGGAUCCCGUUAGAAAGCAAGUGGGGAGUUUUGAAAGACAGAGACUUAUUAUCAAUCCAGAUGCUCUUUCACAGCUAAGGUUGCUCAAUAAGGUGGGUGAAACAUUGGUGUCUUUUCUCUGUUUUCCAAAGCCUUGA